AUGGAUAUGAUGAACAGAGUAUUCAGACCCUACCUGGAUAUCUUUGUUGUUGUAUUCAUUGAUGAUAUAUUGAUAUACUCGAAGAGCAAAGAAGAUCACAAGCAGCAUCUCCAUUCGGCCCUGGAAAAGCUAAAAGAACAUCGGUUGUAUGCCAAAUUCAGCAAAUGUGUGUUUUGGCUCAAGGAGGUGAAAUUUCUAGGACACGUAAUCUCAAGUCAAGGGGUAUCAGUUGAUCCCAGCAAGAUUGAAGUCGUGGUAAACAGGAAGCGUCUGACUAACGUGCACGAAAUUCAAAGUUUCCUGGGAUUGGCUGGUUACUAUCGACGAUUCGUGGAAGGAUUCUCCAAGCUAUCAGGACCCUUUACUGCCUUAACCAAGAAAAAUGCUAAGUAUUUUUGGACAGAGAAGUGUGAGCAGAGUUCAUGGAACUCAAGGAAAAACACGCAACCUCGCCAGUGCUAG